GCAACCGGCCUAUAAACAUACUGAAGAAGAAAUCAGCUGACUCGUAGGGCUGAAAAACAGGAAGCAUGCUUAAUAAAUGAAGAUAAUCAUAGCAGUGCAAUAUUUUAAUUUAUAUAACUUCUGGCGCUAAUUUGACUGUAGUUUUAUCUGAGGAAGUUCCUAUUUGCUUUCCGCCGCGUUUCUAUUUAUUGUUCGACACAUUACUGAGAUACAGGUGUAUGUAUAUAUAUAUACUACUAAGCGCACGUUAAGGUGUUCUGAGCUUCAGUAGACCUUGUUAUCAUGGCUACUUCGUUUAAAAUCGGAGAGAGAUUUCGGGAGAAGGCGAGAGAUUUGCUGGAGGCAGAAUCCGCCGUGUCCGAAGAGCUGAGAGAGGAAUUGAAGGCUCUGACAGACCAGUCCAUCAUACCGUUCACAACUGUGAGAAAACUACACAAGCUUCUUCGAGAAAAUGGACAUCCAGCGCAUCUUCAUGAGCUGUUUGAGGACAGCACACUUCAUCUUCCAGAAGUUAUUCCACCUCCAAGGAACCCCCAGUUGGUGGCCCGCUUAGAAAAAAUUAAAGCAAAACUUGCCAAUGAAGAAUAUAAGAGGAUGACACGCAAUGUAAAUCCACAGGAAAUGAAUCAUUACGGAACUUUAGCUGAUUUUGGACGACAAGUGCGUUCCAUGAAGGCAGUUGUUGUUACUGUGUUCAACUUCCUGGUAACUGUAGUUGCAGCAUUUGCUUGUUCGUAUCUGGGCAGCCAGUAUAUCUUCACAGAGACAACCGCAAGAGUAAUAGCUGCGGUGAUUGCUGCAUCUGUUGUUGGUCUCGCCGAGCUUUAUGUUCUGGUCCGGACUAUGGAAGGAGAACUCGGAGAGCCCUGAUACCAACCAAAACAAUCCAGUAUUGCAAUACUUUUUGUGUCGUUGUCGAAGUUUUGCUUUGUUUGUCUUCAAAUCAAAUUGAUUUGUUUUGAUAUAAUAAUAACAACAAAGGAAUCGAUUACACUAAAAUGCCCUCUUCUGAAUUCAUCGAAAGCUAAAUUAAUCAGUUAAGUUGUUUUGAAAACCAACAUUAUGAUCAUGUUGUCUUGUUUAUCUACAUAUUUAUUUGGAUGUCCUCUAGAGGAAUGUUAUUCCUUGUUUCGCUUGUAACUAUGAAACAUGACUGUAAAUGGUUUGUGCUUUGAUGUUUAUUGUGAUUGUUACUGACUCACAAGAUGUUGUGUGGGAAAGUGUCUUUUUUCCCUUUCCUUUCUUUACAAGAAAAUAUAAAAUAAAAAACAUUCCAAAAAAAAAAAAA